UCGUAUCAUUGAGGGUGUUAAAUUCCAUGUAAUGGAAAAACUAAAAGCAAAAUAUUUGUUUAAGUUUUUAACUUUACGUGGUGUUUGCAAAAAUUCGGAGAAGACACUUCCCCCUUUUCAGCGCACACAACCUGCUCGAGUCUCUAACCAGAAGCAGCACAUUUAUCAGUGACAAUUGGAUUUUCGAUCUGUGUAUUGUACUAUGGAUGAAAACAAUUAUGCAACAGAUGAUGCGGAGAUGGUAGAGAGUUCAAGUGGAAAGGGAUUGACCACAAAUGGUGUUGAAGCUGAAGGGCGUUUGAAUAUGGAACUUUAUGUCGUGGAUGAAAACAAUACUACAGCAGAUGAUGGGGAGAUGGUCUUGAGUUCUAGUGGGAUGGAGUUGACCAGAAAUGGUGUUGAAGCUGAAGGGCGUCCGAAUUUGGAACCUUAUGUGGGUAUGGAAUUUGAAUCAGAAGAAGCUGCUAAAGCAUACUAUAGCACAUAUGCGACACAUUUGGGGUUUGUCAUGAGAGUAGAUGCAUUUCGUCGAUCUAUGCGUAAUGGGGAGUUGGUGUGGCGCCGACUUGUGUGUAAUAAAGAGGGUUUCAGUAAAAGUAGACAAAAUCAGAAUGGACAAAGGAAGUGCAGAGCAAUUAGGGAAGGAUGUAAGGCCAUGAUAAUAGUGAAGAAAGAACAAUCUGGAAAAUGGGUUGUUGCUAAAUUAGUGAAGGAACACAAUCAUCCCCUGGUUGUUAAACCUGCUAAUACCCGCAUAGGUUCAAUCUUGUGUCAAACACCGGAUGAUAAAGAUGUCAAGAUCCGGGAAUUAACAGCAGAGUUACAGAAGGAGCGUAAAAGAUCUGCUGUUUUGCAAGAGCAGCUAGAUAUGGUUUUGAAAGAUAUGGAGGAUCACUCAGAUCAACUGUCAAAGAACAUUAAUGACAUUGUUAAAAGUGUGAAAGAAUUGGAAUCAAGAAAAAUUGUCUCUCCAAAUGGCGGAUAGCUUCUGUUUCCUUUCUUUCCUUUUUUUUGGGGAAAUAGUAACAUAGGCCGGUAAAUCAUUUGAAAGUCUAAGUUAAAUUUUUUGUACUACUUAGUUGUUGUAAAGUUUUCCCUGUCAUUUACUAUUAGGAGGGUGUAAAGUUCAAGGACAUGCUGGCAUUUAAGGGUUUAGUAUAGAGGUCAAUAAAGUGGGAGAAAACUUUGGAGAUAAGUGUUCAAAUGGACAAAAAUUUCAGGUGA